UAGAGCGAAUCAGUACCAGCUUGGAUCUCGUUAUUGGUAUAACACAGCUAAUCGUGGAGUAAUUGUUUCCCCCGUGAAACGUCAAAUCAACAGCUCAACAAUGCGCAUGUUCGUACUUCCUUGUCUCGCCGUGUGCUUGGCAUUGGCCCACUGUGCGGCCAUCGAGGAGAAGAAAGCCACCGCCGCCGAUGGUGGUGCUGGCGGUGGUGGUGGGGCGGACGAAAAGACCGUCGAGAAGCGUGGCCUCUAUGGCAGUGUGGGCGACUAUCAUCAUCACUAUCAGCCGCAGCACCAUCACGAGCACAUCAAGACGGUGACCAUCGAGAAGAAGGUCCCAGUUCAUUACACUGUGACCAAGCAUGUCCCCUACACCGUGGAGAAGAAGAUCCCUUAUGAAGUUAAGGUCGAUGUGCCUCAGCCUUAUAUUGUGGAGAAGAAAGUGCCUGUCCAUGUUAAGGAAUACGUAAAGUAUCCCGUCCAUGUGCCCAAGCCUUAUGAGGUGAUCAAGAAAAUCCCAUAUGAGGUGAAAGUGCCUGUCGAUAAGCCGUACGAAGUGAAGAUCCAUGUCCCACAGCCGUACGAAGUGAUCAAGAAGAUUCCGUAUGAGGUGAAAGUGCCCGUGCCACAGCCCUACGAAGUGAUCAAGAAGGUCCCACAUGAAGUGAAGAUCGAAGUGCCCGUACCCAAGCCGUACGAAGUCAUCAAGAAGGUGCCGUAUGAGGUUAAAUACGAAGUGGAGAAGCCCUACGAUGUGGAAGUGGAGAAACCGUAUGACGUUGAAGUCGAGAAACCGUACAAAGUGGUCGUGGAACAGAAAGUACCCUACGAAGUGAAGGUGCCCGUCGACAAACCGUACAAAGUUGAGGUGGAGAAACCAUAUCCAGUCCAUGUGAAGGUGCCAGUGCCCCAGCCCUACACCGUGGAGAAGAAAGUUCACUACACCGUCGAGAAGCCCGUCCCAUAUGAGGUGAAGGUGCCAAUUGAGAAGCCCAUUCCCGUCUACACACAGGUGAAGGUGCCCAUCCACAGGGAGAUUCCGGUUCCACACAAAUAUCACGUCGAAGUGCCAAUCUUCAAGCAUCACGAGGAUCACCAUCAGAGCCAGCACGAGUACGGACAUGGCCACGGACACGGCUACUAGAGCCACCAGCCCAGCACAGAACGCGAGCACAAGAACAGGAAGCAGGAGAAGAAGUAAACGAACAAGGAGAACGCGAAGCAAGCGAAGACACUACCAGCGAGUCUUCAGUCAUGAAUCCACGAGGCAACGUUGAGCUGGACGUUGAACGGGUGACACGAGGAGGAGGAGGAGGAGGAGCCAGAGGCAGAGCAGAAGAAGGAGGAGAGCGGAGAACGGAAGCGAGUAGCGGGUGAGAGGACAAACUGACCAGCUACUCGGAUCGAGAUCUGGUGGGGAUACUGGCACCACACUGGUCCAGUCCCCACAUCAGUUGUAAGCCAAAUGUGUUAGUACUUUUAUCAUUGUAUUAGGCCAACUACAAUUUCAUAUUUAAAUUAUAAGCUAAAGAAACUCAAA